AGCUCUCCUGCGCAAGCGGCAUUUAGAUCCUCCAUCCAUCCCCUUCUCCUUGCAUGUACCUCCAAGGGUGACAGCAUCGAAGAGGGGAAGAUUAGAUCGGGCGCGAUGGAUCCCUCCGUCACCUCUCCGUCUUUCUCCUCAUCCGCCUCGUCUUCCUCCUGGUUCGCGGGCAUUGUCCGCGGCCGCUCGAUCAAGUCCAGCUCCGGCGGCGGCGCUCCCUCGAUCGCCGUGUCCACCGAUGGGGUCGGCCCGGGGAGUCGUAAGAACCAGCUCCGUGGUGCUCUGUUCAAGUACGGCCCCAAGCCUAUUCAGGUUGCUUUCAAAACUGGUGAGUUCAACCAACAAGUCAUUUUUGUUGGUGGUUUGACAGAUGGAUUAUUGGCAACUGAAUACUUGGAACCUUUAUCUAUUGAGUUGGAAAAUGCAAAAUGGUCCCUGGUGCAACCUUUGCUGUCUUCAUCAUAUAUUGGAUAUGGCACUUCCAGCUUAGAUCAAGACUCCUUAGAGCUGGAUCAGUUAAUUGGUUACUUGAUAAAUAAGGAAAACUCUGAGGGUGUUGUGCUGCUUGGGCACAGUACUGGUUGCCAGGAUAUUGUGCAUUACUUAAGGACAAAUUUGGCAUGCUCCAAAGCAGUUCGUGGAGUAAUUUUGCAGGCCCCAGUCAGUGACCGAGAAUAUCGAGCCACUCUGCCUGAAACUGCUGAAAUGAUAGAUUUGGCAGCAAAAAUGAUUGGUGAAGGUAGGGGAAUGGAACUAAUGCCAAGGGAAGCAAAUCCAGAUGCGCCGAUAACUUCAUACAGGUUAUUUUCUCCAUGGCUGAUGAAUAUGUGCCAGACUAUGUCGAUAAGAAAGCACUGGUAGAACGACUCUGUCGAGCACUGGGUGGUGCAGAGAAGGUUGAAAUCGAUUGGGGAAAUCAUGGUCUCUCCAAUAGAGUUCAAGAGGCUGUCCAAGCCAUCAUGGACUUUGUUAAGAGGGAGGGACCGAAAGGAUGGGAUGAUCCCUGGAGCUAGCAAGCGUUUUAUUCAUCGUCAUUUCUUUCUUUCUUUGUUCGAUUUUUUUCCCAAUAUGUUUUGUAACAUGCUCUCCAAUUUUAGAGUUCCCUGUUAUAAAUUAUUACCGAGUCUUAUAGUUAAAUUGUGAAUAUAUUUGUCAUGCUGCGUGUAUUUGAUUGUAUGACUAGAAAUCUUAUUCUAGUUUCAAUGUAUUUAUGUAUUUAUUGGAUC